CAAAUAGUGUGCGCUUGACUGCAGUGAGCGCGCGGUAAAAGGGGUUUCAGAUGUUUAUCCUGUUUUUCGCUUCUGAAUGAGUUAAAAAUUGUGUUUGUGCAAUAUGUUCACUCCCCGCGGUACACCGAGCUCAGGCCGCAGACAGGCGCCCCGGACCGGCGGUCGGAAGAGUCUGAGCGCGGCUCAGCCCGGGCUGCUGUUCUCCCCACGCCGCUCCGCUGUCACAGCCAGAUCUACUCCAACUCGAGUUCAAACUCAUGCUGCCGUGGACUCAUAUAAUUUCGAUUUUCAGACUUUUGGAUCAUCUCUGCCUGUCAAAGUCAUGGAGGCGCUGACAAUGGCUGACGUGGAGGAUCAGAUCUCUGUGAAGAUUGAGGCGUCAGGUUGGGCGUGGAUGGUGUGUGGAGAGAGGCUGAUCAUAUGGAAAGUGUUUCAGACCUCAGUGGCAAAGCUGUCGGUGUGUAAGGACCUCCAACUGCCCCCCAGUGAGUUUGCGUACAGUGCUGACCUCAUCUCCAUAAGUUCCUCCAGUCCAUUGGAGGAUGCACCCAUACAGUCCAUCAGUGCGUUGGCAGUGUCUCCAGAUGGAUCAGCCCGGUUCUGGCCCAGACUGGCUCACGAGGGGACUUACACGGAAAUGUCUGCAGACCUCGGCGGACACUUGUGCAACUUCGUUUCAGCUGUUAAGGGUUGUAGUUUCAUUGUGUCAUCGUACCGCGGGCAGCUGCUCCGGGUCAUUCCCGAUUCUUCCGGUAAACUGUACCAGAGGCCCGUGCAGCAGGGUCAGGGAAUGCUUUCCGGCAUUGGACGCAGAGUUUCCAGCUUGUUCGGUAUCCGCGGCCCACCGGCCGACCUCUCGGUGUUCAGUGUGUUGUGGGUGAAGGAGACUGGCUGUCUGUACUCUCUCAGUUCAUGUGGUAUCAGUAAAUGGGUGGUGGAGGAGAACUCUGAGCAGCAGGUUUUGAGCUGGAGCACCAAUCAGAUGAUCACAGACAGCAUUGCUGAUGCGAUCUGGGACUCAGAAAGUAACUACUCGGAGAUCAAGAAAGGAGUGAAUGUCUCUUAUCUGGAUAUGCAGCAUAGCAAUGCAGGGUUGGUGGUGUUGGCAGCGGCAUGGCAUCCGGCUGACUCUCCAUGUCUGGCAUAUUUCUGCCUGGUCACUCUUCCAGAAACCACAGUGCCCUCCCCAGACCAGCUCACUGUGGAGGUCACCAAGUACAACCCACCCUUCCAGAGUGAGGAGGAACUACAGAAGACACGAAUGGUGUUGCCACAGGCAUCUAGUCCUGCUGCGUUCCUCUAUAAUGAGGAGAUGUUGUAUGCCUGCAGCACUGGUACUGGACGUGGAGGUCUUCCUGAGGAGAAGAUCUCCUUCAGCUCUCCAGGCGACCGUAUCCGUGGUGGUGGUGUGUGUGCUGGUGUACUGGUGUUCUUCUCUCAGAACAAUGGACUGGUUGCCGUGGAAGCGAGAGAGGCCACUUCCCUCCUGCCCGAGGCCAUGGAGGACUCGAUCUGUACUUCAGUGGCUGGACCUGGACCUGAGGGCACUCCAUUAGAAACGCCCCCUAAGAUGGAUAUGGUGGCCCAAGAGGACAAAACUAAACUGUUAAAACAAGCAUUCCUGCAGUUCUGCCGUCAUGAUCUGAUUGGUGCUCAAAGCAUGGUGGACGAGCUCUUCCCCAGUGAUGGAGAAGGAGGUGCGGACCUGGAUGCGGUUGUGACCCAGAUUGACCUGGACCUUGUGGAUGACUACCCCGCUUGUGACCCCCGCUGGGCUGAGUCAGUACCUGAUGAGGGUGCUGGAUUUACACUGACGUCUCUGCUCCUGCUGCAUCAGUUGGAGGAUAAGAUGAAAGCUCACCGCUGCCUCAUGGACUUCCUGCUUCAGACAGGUCUUCUGGACCGCCUCACUUCCACGACAGCACGCUCGUCUCCGAUGGCCACACGGCUGUUACUAUGUGAACAUGCUGAGAAGCUUUCAGCCGCCAUCGUGCUGAAGAACCAUCACGCCAAACAUCCAGAGCUGAUGAACGCGGCCAUCCUAUCCGCCCUGAAGAAGCGCAACACAGAAAUACUCGCCAACCUCACCCCCGCUGACGUGUUCUUCAGAGAGGUGUCUCAGAUCUCCUCUAUCUUUGAGUGUCUUUUGGAUGAGGAGGAGAAAGCUUUAAAAGAAAACCCUGACGACUCCGUCAGGUGGGCUGAAGUUGUACUCAACGUCAAUGACAUCAUCAAGGAUACGCUUCAAACCGCAGUACAGUACAGAGAGACGAAAGCUUCUCUCUAUAGAGCACCAGAGAGCUCCAGUCCUGAACUUGAGUACAUUCCCUGGACAGCAUCAGGUGGAGUGGGCGGAGUCAGGACCAUCAUCGCGCGCCAGCACGAGCUGAUUCUCCGCGCAGUGUAUCCUCACGCGGACACUGAACUGCGCAAUGUGCUGAGUGAGCAGCUGGUGGCACUGUUGGACUCUCUGUUGAGCAGCUACGUGGCUCAGUUGAUGUCCAUUCGGCGCUCCGGACAGCAGGAACGAUAUGACGCUCUGGAGAAUGAGUACACACACAAGCGCUCAGAGCUACUCGCACCUCUACUGGAGUUGGGUCAGCAUCAGUGGGUCGCGGCACUCGCGGAGAAAUACUGCGACUUUGACAUAUUAGUUCAGUUGUGUGAGCGGACAGAUAACCAGAGUCGACUCCAGCAGUAUAUGGUCAAAUUCGCCGAUCAGAACUUUUCUGACUUCCUGUUCCGGUGGUACAUGGAGAAAGGCAAGAGAGGGAAGCUGUUGUCUCAGCCAAUAGCAACACACCAGCAGCUGGCCAGCUUCCUGCAGGCUCACGAUCACCUCAGCUGGCUGCAUGACAUCCAUAUGCAGGACUACCAGAGAGCUCAUGUCACUCUGUACAGUCAGGCCAACAUGGAGACGAGAUACUUCACGAAGAAGAAGACCUUGCUGGCCCUCAGUAAACUCACGGCUCGCGCGUCAGACAUGCCUGAACCUGUGAAAACCAGACAGCUCAACGAUAUAGUAGAGCAGGAGAGAUUUCUGCUUCAUCAGGAGACACUUCCUAAACAACUGUUGGAUGAGAAACAGCUGAACCCAGAUACUAUGCCUCUACUGACCCCACACAACCUCAUUAAUCUCUACAUCUGUGAUGAGAACCGCGGAGCCAACGAGUAUGACUUUAAGAAAGCUCUUGACCUGCUGGAGUACAUUGAGGAGGAGGAUGCAGUUGAUAUUGAGGCCCUGAAACGAGAGAUCAUCAGUAAAGCCUUAAAGAAAGACUGGAAGGAGAGCUGGUCGUCUUCUGAUGACAACGAUGACCCACUGGAAGCGGCCAGAGACAGCACUUUUGUCAAGAUCCUGCAGAAACUCAUCCAAGGAGGUGUUUCUCUGCAGUCAUACCUGCCUGACGUGAAGGAUCUACUGCAGCAAGAGGAGCUGGAGAGUCUUAAAUCAAAGCCUUACUUUGAGUUCGUCCUGCGUGCAAAUUAUGAGCACUACCUGAAAGCGUAGAUAUGACAUCACUUCCUGUCUCUACCACAUGUUCCCUUGUUAAUGUUUCAUAAAAAAUGUAAACGCAUGAUCCAGCACAUGAAUUUUCAAAAUAAAAGUUGUUGUAUUUCUUUAA